AGAAGUGGGAGUUCCAGCAGGCUUUAACAAGCAGAUGCAGGCUACUAUCUGAGAAGUACAACAUAGAUCAGGCUGGCUAAAAAAUAGUACUCAUGCUGCUAUGUAAACAAAACAAGAUCUUAGUAUCAAGAUGGCAGACCUGGAAGUAUACUUGUAGCUUGUGAUACUUAUGCAAAUGAGCUACAUGUCAGUGGCUUACUCACAGGAGGAAGCUCAGUUGCACGUGCCACCUUCUCCCCAGGGUCAAGAUGGAUAACACAGAGGAGCGUCAGAAAAAGGUCUUUAAAGCACGAAAAACAAUGAGAGUAAGUGAUCGACAACAACUCGAAGCUGUCUAUAAGGUUAAAGAGGAGCUGUUGAAGACAACUGAAGUUAAACUGUUAAAUGGAAAGCAUGAGAAUGGAGAUUCUGAUUUAAAUUCCCCUUUAAGCAAUACAGAAUGUACGGAGGACAAGAGGGAAGUUAAUGGCCUAGUGGACUUACGUGUUAAUUCUGAAGAAGGAAGAACAGCUUCUGAUGAAACUAGUGAAGCCAAAAGCCCUGAAAGUAGGACAGGCAACGUAGUCAGUGACAUACAACCCAAACCUCUAACACUGUCUCCAGAGAAUGUUACUCCUGAGCAAGGUAAAGAUGCUGACACUGCUUUAGCUUGUGAGGCUGAAAAUGGAGUUCUUGGUAGCAAUAAAGAUGACUUGCAUGAAAAAAGUAAUACAAAAGAUCAUCUGGACCAAAGAGAGAGCAAUAUCCCAUUGGAAGGUGAAAGUAAAUCAAUCUGUGGUAUUAGUGACUCUGUGAAAAAGAAGGUAGAAACACAUGACUUAACUAUUACUUCCAAUUCAUCUAGUGAGGAAAAGAGCACUGAAGAAGUAACUGUUGCAGAUGCUGUUGGAGAAGAAGCCAUCUCUAGCAGUAUGGAAGCUGACCAGGAAGCAAAAGACGUACAAGGUGGCACUACAGGUCUUCCAGAAACGACUGUUCACAAAACAGCAGAUGAGCCAAGUGACAGUGUCUUGGACAAUACUGACUCUAUGGAAACAGAUGAAAUUAUUCCAAUUUUGGAAAAACUAGCCCCUGCUGAAGAUGAACUGGGCUGUUUUUCUAAAAGUCCUCUGCUUCCAGUGGAUGACACAGUCACAGAUUUAGAAGAGAAAAUAGACAGCUGUUUAGGUUCACCAUCCAAGCAGGAAAGCAAUGAAAGUCUGCCAAAAGAGGCUUUCUUAGUAUUGUCUGAUGAAGAGGAUCCCUGUGAUGAGAACGAGGAAUGCGCUGAAGCGAUACUACCAAACAAGUCAAGUCUUCCAGAAGAGGUGGAAAAAGAGACAGGAAAGGAAAGUAAGGAGGAUAAAGAAGAGGAGGCCCACAAGGAAGAGGAGAAACACACUGAAAGAAGUGAAGUUUCAAGGAGAAAGCGUUCCAGAUCUGAGGACAUGGAUAGCAUUCAUUCUAAACGUCGUCGAUACAUGACAGAAGAUUAUGAAGCAGAGCUCCAAGUAAAAAUUACAGCCAGACAGGAUGUUGACCAAAAAUUACAAAAGGUUGUCCAGAGACUAUUAGAUGAAAAAUUUACUGCUUUACAGUGUGCUGUGUUUGACAAGACUUUGGCAGACUUGAGAACCCGAAUAGAGAAAGUAGAAUGUAGCAAAAGGCAUAAAACGGUGCUUACCGAACUACAGGCUAAAAUUGCUAGAUUGACAAAGCGGUUUGGAGCAGCCAGGGAGGACUUGAAGAAAAGACAGGAAACUACUUCACCAAAUACACCUCUGUCUUCAGCAAAAACAAGUGACACUGCAAACACAACCAAUGUGAUAUAUCGAAAUGCCAACACAGUGAGGCAGAUGCUGGAAACAAAGAGGAAUACAGGGGAGAGCACACCAGCAACUUUUCAAGCCCCUGUGAAUGCAGUGCCAGCUUCCAGUCUUGCUGCUCCUCCAGCACUUGUCAGUGGACAUCCUAAGCCUCCAGUGACCUCUACCAGCAAUUUGACAACAACAGUUCUUCCCACAGCUAACACAGCUACUGUUGUAGGCACCAACCAAGUGCCCAGUGGCAGCACUCAGUCAGUGUCUGUCUCGUUGCAGUCUUUGCCUGUAAUCUUGCAUGUACCUGUGGCAGUGUCAUCCCAGCCUCAGCUCCUACAAGGCCACACAGGAACUUUGGUCACUAACCAGCAGUCAGGCAAUGUUGAGUUUAUAUCUGUACAAAGCUCUUCUACAGUUGGUAGCCUUAGCAAAACUUCAGUGUCUUUGGCAUCAACUAACCCAACUAAACCAAAUAACAGCCCAUCUGUGCCCAGUCCUAGUACUCAGAGGAACUCUCCAGCCAGUGCUGGGUCAAUAGGCACAACGUUGGCAUUACAGGCUGUUUCUGCUGCACAUCCUGUUGCCCAGGCCCCAAGGACUUUGCCCACAGUGAGUACUUCAGGACUUCAUAAUGCUACUAGCAGUCGAGCUCCCCUACAGAUGAAGAUUCCCCUUUCUGCAUUUAAUAGUACAGCUCCUGCUGAACCACCUGCCGUUACAGCACCCAGAGUUGAAAACCAGACAAGCAGGCCACCAACAGAUACUUCGGCAAACAAGAGAACUGCUGAGGGAACACCACAGAGCGGGAAGGUCACAGGAAGUGAUUCAGGAGCUGUCAUUGAUCUUACACUGGAUGAAGAGGACGAUAGCUCUUCUCAAGCAGAUAGCAAGAAGCAGAAGCAGACACCUGUUACAGCAUCGAGCAUAUCUACCCAGCCUGUGGCUCGACCCUUGCAGCCUUUACAGUCUUCACAGCCAAACCCUGUGCAGCAAACAGGAGUACCAACAAGUGGACCUUCGCAGACCACCAUACAUGUAUUACCUACAGUUCCGACAACAGUGAACAUAACUCACCGGUCACUGACUCAAACGGCUGCAAAGCUUCCUAUACCAAGAGCCCCUGCAAACCAUCAGGUGGUCUAUACCACUCUUCCUGCACCUCCAGCUCAGAAUCCUGUAAGAGGAGCUAUCAUGUCAAGCCCAAGUUUAAGGCCAGUCAACCCGCAGACUGGAGGUAUGACAGUACGAAUGCCUCAAACAACUGCAUAUGUUGUGAACAAUGGACUAGCUCUUGGAUCUGGAACACCUCAGCUUACAGUGCAUCAUCGACCCCCGCAAGUGCAUGCUGACCCACCACGCCCUGUACAUCCUGCCCCACUCCCAGAGGCACCACAGCCACCACGUCUGCCCCCAGAAGCUGCCAAUACUUCUCCACCUCAAAAGCCCCAGCUGAAGCUGGCACGGGUACAGAGCCAGAAUGGUAUUGUGCUGUCAUGGAGUGUCAUGGAGGUGGACCGGAGCUGUGCCACUGUGGACAGUUACCAUCUCUAUGCCUACCACGAGGACCCAAGCGCCACUAUGCCCUCCCAGUGGAAGAAGAUUGGGGAAGUGAAGGCCCUCCCACUACCUAUGGCAUGCACUCUUACACAGUUUGUGUCUGGCAGCAAAUACUACUUUGCAGUCCGGGCUAAGGACAUCUAUGGACGUUUUGGACCCUUCUGUGACCCCCAGUCCACAGAUGUGAUCUCUUCCCAGAGCAGUUAAGCUAGAGAUCUUUGGAGCCUUUAAACCUGUCCUACUACAAAGAUUUACCCCAGUUUUGGGGGGGUGGAUCCCCUGCAUGAAAUUCACUUUUAAGUCCUCUCUGCAGGAUUAUUUAGACAGUUGUGUGGUACACUACAUGCAUUCAGAACCAAAAGAAAAAUAAAAGUAUCACCUGCAGCAAGAGAGCCUGUGUUUUUCUGGAUAGCUCAAGUCAUGGGCCAUUUGAAAAUUUUAUUUUCCCUUCCAUGACAGCUGUCCCACCUAGAUACCUACCUUUUACCCAAGGACACCCUGCAUGCCUGGGAUUCUGCUUCAGAGCGGGAACAAAAUAAAGAAUUACAGUUUGUCUGAAGCAAAACACGCAACAUCUGUAAUACCUACCAAGGCACUAACAUAAGGGCAAGAAGAGAUUUGCCUCUUGUCCUCCACCACUCUGAGCAGGCUGUGAUGCAAAGGGUGGUUUAAGGUGUCACUUUUUCUACUGGAAGACUGAAUGUUCUGGUCUUACUUUACAAACUGUGAAGAGCUCUCUGAGGGGAGGGAAGGGAAUUUGAGUCUGGCCAGGGAACCAAUAUGUGUGUAAAUGUGGAGGUGGUGGAAAAAGAAACAAUCAACCCACUACCUCCUACCUCUCCUAAAUAAGAAUGCUCCUCUGCUUUCACAAUCUUCCCCGCUCACACUGGGAGCAUUCCCAGGUCAGAUCUGAAACUGGAUUUGUAGAGACUGCAUUUACACCUCUCCAACUCAGAUAAUUUCUCUACUUCUCCCUUCAUUCAUCCAGCCCUAUUUUUUAGAUUUAUUUUGUGCCUUAAAGAAUAAUUUCAGAAAUAAAAUGUAGCCAGAUACCUUGUGGUGUUCUUUUUAUUUUGCUUGGAGUUAUUUUUUCCUUUACAUUUCUAGCCUUUCAUUACUGCUUCUCAUUUCCCUGGCCUGCAGUAAUUAUUAUUUCUGUAAAGACCAGAAAGUGUAACAUCUGCUGAUGCUGGAUUUGUUUUUAUCUGCAGUAUCAUUCAACCCUUUCUUCACUGUAAUUCUUGAGUAUUCUUGUCUUGAGUAUUCUUGAGAAUUUUUGUCCUGUCAAGAAUAUUAGAGUAUACAGAUGGGAUUUUCCACCAGAGCCUUUCCCUGUUCUUUUGGGAAAGCUGUAUGCUGCAGUUCAGCCAAAGAAGAAACCUCUGUGGUGCAGCACCAUAAAAGCUUCUAGCAGCUUGCACUCAGUUUGGACAAAGUGCAGAAAGUUAAGAAGUUGGCUUCCCAGUCAUCUGUCCCAUCACCUGCCUGCCUCUGCAGAAAGCUAAGACACCAAAAGCAGUUUAGAAAUUAUUGUAGACACUGACCUAAAGCUAGUGAGCAACUGCAAAUGUUAAUAGAUGCUUUCAUGAUGCUUCUGAGCUAAGAAAAGAAAUUGGGGUAUCUGUCCCACUGUCACUGACGUGUAAAACUUGCUUUUCAGAGAACCAAACUGUAAUGCCCCUGGACAAAAGAGUAUAUGUAAGAGUUCUAUUUUGGCACUUUUCGGUCUCAUUCCUACCUAGCAGAGCUAAACAGUGGAUUUAGAACGGAAACGGUCUGUUUUUUAUUAAUACAGCAAAGCUUUAGAAGGUGACAUUUUUUAAUUUCAAUGCUUUCUUAAAAUAUGUAAAGCAAAGUUGAAUAAAGGGCAGGAAAAAUGAAAUCCCAAAACAUGGCUGGUGGAAUAUCCUGUGAGAUGAUAGAUUCUGUUCUGUUCCCUUCAAGAGCUUUCACAGUAAAAAAAACAGCACUGUAGGGUUUUGUACUAUUUUACUGCACUCCUUCAUGUAGCUGGGAUUGUCACUUCUGUCAGGUAAGUUCCGAAUAUUCUCUGUAUGGAAUGUUGCAUUUAAAGUAUCACAGAUUUACUGAUUUGGGCAAGUGAAAAUCCUGUCUGAAUCCAAAUAUCAUGGGAGAAGGUUCACACUGAAUCUCAUGUAUGAAGAUGUGUAACCUUGCCUUUGAGUAAGAGUUGUCCCUGUUAUACUGGUGCCAAUAAUCAACAAUGCCUUGAAUUUUUCCAUGUUUAAUUGUUUUGUCUGCAUAUUUGGAGGAUGGAUUACUUAAUAAUUCAAUUAGUCUGCUUAUGGAGAGUUGGGUCGUUAUAAAGCCAGUUCUGUAGUAGAGGUUAGAGCAGUUCCUUCCAGUUGAUGGCUGUCAAGUCCUCCUUGGACAAGUUUUUAAUAUGCUUUUGAGGUGGUACCAAAGGGCCAUUGGCCAUAUCAGUACAAUGAGAUUUUAUAGUUUGAAAAUCAAAAUAAACAUUAGAAUAAAACCUAGAAUUUA